CAGAGGGCCCCGGAGGUUGCGCUGCGAAAAACAGGAAAGGGGAUCCCGUCCUGCCUUAAAUGAUCGGCUCUGCAAGGGGCUGCCUGGGCUUCCCAUGCAUUUUAUUUUGCACGGCUUGGGGGGCGCGGCUGUCUCCGUGGGGGAGCCUUGCUGCAGCCCCUGAGGCAGAUGUUCAAUAGGGUGAAAAAGAAAUCAAGAAACCAGGCUGUAUGGAACGGUCUGGGGUCUGCUGCAUUUGGAAACAAAGGCCAUCAGAAAAGACAAAGGCGUGAAAAAGGCUGUCGGAGAGAUUCCGGACUGGCCUUCUUGUUUUACGUAGAGGCAAAUGACAACACACACCGGCUUCGUUGGAAUGUCUGUGAAGCAAGAUUCUCAGCCUAUUUCUCUUUCCCCAAAGACACUAUAAGAUGGCGCUGGACUCCAAAACAGGUUGUGCUUCCAUGACUGAGAGUGAGGAAAUUUCCUUACACCUCGAGCUCUCCGAACCCAGAGCCUCACCUGACAGAACCAAAGAGAGCAUUUCCAUGUCUCACGUGCCGGAAGAAGCAUCUGUAGAUCUUGCAGGUAAGCCCAUGGAUCAGAGGAGGAGUGUAUCCCAAGAAGGACUCUCGGCGGAUGUCGGUGAAUCGGAAAACGUGCAGGCACUUGGGAAGGCUGGCAGACGCAAGCUGCGCAUCGGGGAAAGUGCAGAGCCUGUCUCCCAUCGCCUUAGACGUCAAAGAAUCUACAAGCCAGAGAAAACCCGCAAAUGCACGCACUGCGGGAAGCACUUUGGCUGGAGGGCGAACCUUUUGGGAGAGAAAACCCAGACAAGGGCGACAUGCUCAAGCUGCGGAGAGCUGAUGAGUCAGAGCACGCAGCUCCCAGUAACCAGGAAAAUGCGUAAGAGGGAGAAAGCGCAUCAGUGCACCGCCUGCAAGCAGGUCUUUGCGGGGAGCUCAGAACUGGCCGUGCAUAAGAAAGUCCACCAAGCAGAAAAGCCGUACAAGUGCCUGGAUUGCGAAAAGCGCUUUUGCUCCAAGGCGAACAUGCUCCGGCACCACCAGAUCCAUACCGGACAGAAACCGUAUCAGUGCUUAGUUUGCGGGAACACCUUCCGGCAGCAGGAGCAGCUCACUGCGCACGAGAGAACGCACACGGGCGAGACACCCUUCCAUUGCGUGGUGUGCGGGAAGGACUUCAACAGGAAGUCAGUCUUCCUGACACAUCAGAGAAUCCACACGGGCGAGAGGCCAUACAAAUGCUCCUUCUGCAACAAGCGGUUCAUCCGCAGGGCCUACCAUGCCAUCCACGAGAGAAUCCACGCCCGGGAGAAGCGCUACAAGUGCUCCGAGUGCGGGCAGAGCUUUAACUGGAAUUCGGAGUUCAUCGAGCACUUGAGGACCCACACCGGAGGGAAGCCCUACAAGUGCCUGGGCUGCGAGAAGCGUUUCGGCUGGCACUCGGACCUUAUCAGACACCAGAGAAUCCACACGGGCGAACGGCCCUACAAGUGCGCCCACUGCCGGAGGGGCUUCGUCCAGAGGGCGCAGCUCCUCUUGCACGAGAGGACCCACACUGGUGAGAGGCCCUACAAGUGCUCCUACUGUGGGAAAAGCUUCAGCCGCAGCUCUGUCCUCAUCAGGCACCUCCUGCUGCACACCGGGGAGAAGCCGUACAACUGCCUGGACUGCGGGAAGAGCUUCUGUGAGAGGGCCCAGCUGGUUUCCCACGAGGUGACGCACGCCGAGGAGAAGCCCUACAAGUGCGCCGACUGCGGGAAAAGCUUCAGCUGGAAGUCGGCCUUCACUCGGCACCGGAGGAUCCACACGGGAGAGAAACCCCACAAGUGCCCCGAUUGUGGGAAGAGCUUCAUUCGAACCACCCACCUUGCCACCCACCUAAGAACCCACGGGCAGGAGGCGGACAGCGAUGCUUUAAUUGGGGAGGACAUUUUAAAUGAAGGUGGCGGCUUAAUGUAGAAUGAAGAAUCCCUGCGAGGAGCGGUGGCUGAGACACGAGGGCAGAUAGGGGGGUGUCCUGCCAACCUCGCCAGGCAGACUCCCAGUCCAGGGGGUGGCAGCACCGUCUGUUAGCUUCCUCUUUAGUCUCCAUGUUUCCCUGGAAGAAUUCGGCAGGGAAGAUGGCAGGACAGAACUAGAAUUAGUCGGCUCUGCCUGACAUUGGCUCUCUGGCGCCACCUACUGUCAGGCUUCCACCAGGCUCAACAGUCACCAUCCACAACUGCAUACAGAUGGCUAACCAUCUCAACAUUCGAAGCUUUGGGCUGGCAUAGCAGAGCACGACCCAAAAGCCCUCUGAACAAAUCGUACCUCAGCCGCGAGUUCGCUAGUUGGCCUUGGCCAAGCACCCAAUUUUAAGAGCCUUGACUUCCCCAUCUAAACCCUUGUGUGCAGAAUUCUGGGAACUGUAGUUUGUUAAGGGUGAUGAAAGACAUUGGGAGACACACACACACACA